CACGUCAAUAUGCGCGUAUUAAUAGUCUGGGAGAUAUCCAACUUGAAAAGCUUAAGAUAACUAGAGAAAAAUUAGCACCAGAAAAAAAAGAACAAAUUGAAUAUUUUAUUCAAAAUAAAGCGAACGUAGUAAUGAGCUUUUAUAAAACAGAUAGUACUACUAAAUUACCUAUAUAUUACCUAAAAAAUAAUAAAGAGGCUUUAUGGAAAUGGUUUCAUGAAGAGUACCCUAAUGGUGUUAAAAGGACAACAUUCUAUAAAUAUUUACAAGACGGCCAAUAUAUAUAUAAAGAGGACUUAGAUGGACAACUAUAUCUUGCUUGUUAG